GGUGCUGACAUGAUCCGGUGUGUUCUUUUUGGUUCUAGGUGAAGAGAACGUACUCCCACGGGACGUACCGAGCUGGCGCCAUGCGCCAGAUCAGUCUGGUGGGCGCUGUGGACGAGGAAGUGGGGGAUUACUUCCCAGAGUUCCUCAGCAUGCUGGAGGAGUCGCCCUUCCUGGAGCGGACGUUGCCAUGGGGAACCUUCUCCAGCCUGCGGCUGAAGAGUCCGACGGAGAGCGAUGACGGGCCGAUCAUGUGGGUGCGGCCUGGCGAGCAGAUGAUCCCUGUGGCUGACAUGCCAAAGUCCCCCUUCAAAAGGAAAAGGUCUACCAAUGAGAUCAAGAACCUGCAGUACCUGCCUCGGGCCAGCGAGCCUCGGGAGAUGCUGUUUGAGGACCGCACACGGGCGCACGCCGACCACAUCGGCCAGGGCUUCGAGAGGCAGACCACGGCCGCCGUGGGGGUGCUCAAGGCUGUGCGCUGUGGAGAGGGGCCCGAGCCUCCUCGUGUAACCAAAGACGUGAUCUGCUUCCACGCUGGAGACUUCCCUGAUGUGGUCCAGAGGCUGCAGCUGGACCUGUAUGAACCACCUCUCUCUCAGUGUGUGCAGUGGGUUGACGAUGCCAAGCUGAACCAGCUGAGACGGGAAGGGAUCCGCUACGCCCGGAUCCAUCUCCAUGACAACGACAUCUACUACAUCCCCCGUGGGGUGGUGCACCAGUUCAAGACCGUCUCUGCCGUCUGCAGCCUGGCCUGGCACAUCCGCCUCCGGCAGUACCACCAGGGCCCCUGCUCCCCCCUGGAGGAGAGGAGCGAGCCGGGGGAGGAGAGGGGGGAGGUGGGGGCGAGGGCGGAGGAGGAGGAGGAGGAGAAGAUGGAGAAGGAGAAACGGAGGGUAAAGGAGGAGGAGGAGGAGGAGAGGAAGGUCUGCGAGGGAGCUGAGAAGCAACAGGUGAAGGAGGAGAGGAGAGAAGAGAGGAAGGCGGAGGAGGAGAGGAGGAAGAAGGAGGAGCGGAGGGUGGAGAGGAGUCACGCGGCGCUGUUGAAGCAGCAGGCGACCGAGGGUGUUGCUGUGUGUCCUCCUCCCCCCUCCUCCUCCACCACAGACUCCAGACCCAAGCCCCCCAGGGACAGAGACAGGGGGGUCCCUCCUCCAGAGGGCAGAGUGGACCUUGUGGACCCCCCCCCACUGGAGACGCCGCCCCUGGCCACACCCCUAGCCCCGUCACAUGACAGCAGGCCCAAAGGACAUCAUCAGCAUCAUCACAGACACCAACACCAUCAUCCUCGCUCAAAAUAUCAAAGCACUUUAACCACAGCUUCCAACCCCUCCUCCUCUCUUUCCCUGAGUCACUCUCCCUCUGACCAAACGAAUCUCCCCCCUCCCCAUCCCCUCCCCCCCAGUGUCUCUCCCUCAGCAAACGCCAGCUCCCCCCUGUUGACAAUGCCCCCCUCCCUGAUUCCUCCCAGACCAGCAGCGUCCAUCCAUGCUGAGGCUCCCCCCCCUGCCUCGCAGCCUCAGAGCCCCUGGUUGGACCAGCCCAGGGACAAAGACUGGCUCCUCCCCAAGCCCCCUGUAGUCCCCCUGGACACACGGACACCCUCCUUCCCCUUCCCCCACCCCCAUCAAUAUCACCCCUCCAACUAUCUACAACCUCACUCCCAACCUUUCCCUUCCCCUCUACAGCAUCCGCCGUACUCCCCUGGUUCACAGCCUCACCCCUCUCACGUCCCCCUCGCUUAUCCGUCAUACCCCGCCUACUCCUCCCACCUCCUUCAAACAUGCCCCUCCCAUCCUCCCCACAUCCCCCAACCUCCACCUUCUCCUGCCCCCCUCCUCCCUCCCUCCUCGUCACACCUACCCAUCCACGCUCCCCCCUCUCCACGACCUCUCAAUCCACAACUGCAUGAACAGAGAAAAGAUGUUUUAUACUGAUUUGUACAGAACUGUUUUACGGCUCAUUGGUUCAGUUUCUCUUGGGAUUAUGUUUUAAUAUGAUCGGAUGAGGAAAAGAGCUAGAAGGAAGUGUAUGUAAAUGUGAGUGAGUGCGUGAAUGUGAGAGAGUUUGAAGAGAGAUACUUUGAAGAGAACCAGAGAGAGAGAGAGAAAACCUGUUAGCAGCAUGUUUGAGUUGGUACAGUAAUGAUGUAAGGAAGGCUCCACUGUAGCCCCCUAUCCUCCUGGGACUAAACACAGCAGAUGUAGCUUGUAACAUUCCUCAGUGCCUCUUCCUUACUGUGAACUACCCAAGGCACUUAACGCCAGGGACACUGGCCUUCUGACUACAGCUCUCAAACACACAAACAGGUUCUUGAAUAAUAUAUUUUUCAGUUUUUAGGUCAAAAUUGAUGUUAUCAGAGCUGACAUGAACAUAUAUAUUUUUUUGUAAAAGGACAGAAUUGUUUAAGAUAUAUAUACUUUUUUUUUUCAUAGAGCUUAUUUAUAUCUGUUUUGGUUUGUAGUUUUUUCUUUUAGCUGUCAGCACUGUUGUGUAAUUAAAGGUUUUGUAAGGAAACUUGUAGUGUGAUUUCUACCUAAAAUAUGAACCUGGCUAAUAAAAAGGUUCAAUGUC